GCGGGGCACGACAAACGCAGCUUUCUUUAAUAACUACUUUGCAUUGUAGCUCCUCGUCCACCCGCUGACACAGCUACUUCGAGAGUCCACAAGAAUGCGCUUCGAACUUACGGUAGUCACUGGCCUGCUGGCCACCGCUCACAGCGUGCCAACGCCGGCGCGCAUGUAUGAGCGGAUCAUGGAUCUGCUGCCGCGCCAGGGGAACGUAACAUGCCCGACCACGCCAAAUCCCAUGCCCAGCGCCGCGGACCUCGCAUCCGUUAAAACGAUGCCCGACCCGAUGCUCUACCUCGAUGGCAAGACCCGCGUCAAGAGCCAAGACGAAUGGUAUCAAUGCCGACAGCCCGAGAUCCUAAAGCUGCUUCAAGAGUACCAGUAUGGAUACUAUCCCGAUCAUUCCAAAGAGAUAGUCAGCGCGACGCGAAGUGGGAACAACUUGGUCGUCACCGUUGCGGCAGGUGGCAAAUCAACAACCAUCUCGGCGAGCAUAAACCUCCCGUCAGGAAGCGGGCCGUUCCCAGUCAUCAUAGCCAUAGGAGGCAUCGACAACAACGUCUAUUUGAAGGCCGGCAUCGCCGUCGUGACGUUCGACUAUGGCAAGGUCGCCGCGGACAGCAACAGCAAGACUGGCAGCUUCUGGACACUCUACAAUGGCCAAGACAUCGGCGUGCUAACCGCUUGGGCAUGGGGCUUCCAUCGCGUGCUGGACGGUAUCGAGCUCAAAGUCCCUGAGAUCGACGCCACCAAGUCCGGUGUAACGGGCUGUUCGCGCCUCGGCAAGGCGGCUUUAGCUGCUGGUCUUUUCGACAAGCGCAUCGCCGUCACCAUGCCCAUGUGCUCCGGCGUCCAGGGCGCCGGUCCGUAUAGAUAUAGCCUGAGUGGGCAGGGUGAGAAUCUGGAGAACUCUAAACAAGGAGCCGGAUGGUGGACCUGCUCCCGCAUUUCACAAUUCCUCAACAAGGCGACCCAACUGCCCUAUGAUGCCCACACCAUCGUCGCCGCCAUCGCACCCCGAGCCGUUAUUCUCGAGCAGGGCGCGUCAGACCAGUUCACCGACUCGAAGGGCACGGCUACCGUCACAUUUCCGGCCGCGAAGGCCGUGUAUAACUGGUUGAGUGCCGGCGAGAAGCUGGGAAUGUCUAUUCCCUCGGGCGGACAUUGCGCCACGAAUGGAUAUGGAGAUGUACUUCCGUUCGUGCAGAAGGUGCUUCAGGGAAAGACGACUACAAGGAACUAUGACGACCUAGGAAGCUGGCAGCCUAUGCCUACCGCAUAUCCUUGGGCAGCGGACUUGGCUAAGUCGCAAUGAGCGCAGACGCCUCGACCUGACGUGUACAUAGACCCGGUCUCUGCAUACGACAUGUCUAUGCAUUCAUACCCUAGCUUCUUUCCAUUCUCUCACUGCACCAGUCGCCGUGGACAGAGGAGGUGAUGUCUGA